AUGCGUUUCCGCGACCAUCUAGCCGAUCUACCAAAAGAGAUUCCUGGAGGCCAAAAAGCCCCUGAGAUGUAUGACAAGAGUAAGAUUCUGAAACUAGAGGCAGAGGCACAGAAGCUUAGGGAAUUGAUUGAUAAGAAGGAGGAUGCAAAGAGGCAGAAGCUGAGGGAGUGGGACGGUCUUGAACGUGAAGCUGAGACAGCUCAGUUGAAGGUGGACUUGGCUGAAAGCUCGCUGAGGGGUCUGAAUGGUGAAGCAGAUGUGCGCGACGCCUUCUAG